AAUUGUAUGUUACUUUGGAGUUUAAACCAUGAAUUGUAUGUCAUCCUUAGUACUUUAGGCUUCUUUUUUUAAAUGGGGGUUGUUUGGAUUGUUUGUGUUAUUGAUCUGGAAUAAAUUUAUCUUUUGUUCCUCCUUUGUGCUUCAUGUUCCUGAGCCACGCACCUCAAGGUGCUAGGCCCCUUUUGGACCUUAGUGUGCCUCGUGCCCUUAAUUGCUAUGCAUCAUAUUGCCACCUCAUUUAUUUUAACUCAGAGUUGAUUUCAGAAUUGGAAAGUCUUGCUUCGAAGUUCUUUUCUCAACCACUAGCUCACCAAGCCAACCAACACAUUUUUAUGAUUACAUCAAUACAAAAGUCUUGGCUUCAUUGAUUCUCUGUGACAGGAAGAUUUUGGCAAAGAAUAAAGGAAUGUUCUAUCGGCCCGUUGUCAUACUAGCUAUGUUGUACGGUGCGGAUGCAUGCUGCAGCGAUGCAGAUGUUGCAGUGGAUGUGUGGGCAGACGAGGUUGGAUAGGAUUUGGGACAAGAUUAUCUGGGGAUGGGUGGGAUUGACAAUUGUGGAGGAUAAGCGGUGGGAACCUAUGUUGAGGUGGAUUGGGCAUGUGAAGUGGAGUACAGUGCAGAAAUGUGAGAGGCUUAUGGUGGUGGGUGCGAAUGUGGAAAGGGGUAGAACUAGAAAAAAUUAGAAUGAUAUCAUUAGACAUUACCUAAGACUUCUGGCCUUUACCGAGGAUAUGACCUUACAUAGGAACAUGUGGAGAACUAAGAGUCUAAGACUAGAUUAGUUCGGUAGGCAUUCAGGAGUAUGUUCUGCAUACUCAUAUCCUCUCCAAAUCAUAUUCUCGUGUGAUUCUACUGCACUGCUGUUGUUGUAUAUGUAUGGAUUUUAAUCCACUAGACAUAGUUGUCGGCUUCAAAUAUCAAAUACACUACAAAAAUGUGUUUUGUCACAGAUUUUGUCUCAAACUGUAGUUUUAAAUUUACCUAGACAAACUUCUUGUCACAGAAUACCAUUUUCCAUUGACCAAUUAUCAUUUUCCUUUGACUUAUUCUUCAGAGUGAACCAAACACUAGAAAAUAUGGAUUCUCUACAUGGCUCUUAGCUACAUUUAGGGCAUGUUAAAUUUUCAUAAUGUGAAGAGUUCUUUAUUCUAGAAUCCUGCAGUCUUCAAUAGUCUAUGGUUUUUUUUCAAUAUUUCCUCACAUAAAUACAACUUGGCAAACCAGUAAAUGAAAUUUUAAUUGCAGAGGAAUAACUGAGGAUGCCCUCAGCUUGUCAGAUAUGCACUGCAGUAUUCCAAUGAAAGGCAUGGUAGACUCCUUCAACGUUUCAGUUGCUGCAGGCAUUCUUAUGCACCACGCUGUAUGUGACAGGACUUCACGAACGGGAUGUCAUGGGGAUCUAACGCCGGAAGAGAGACAAACUUUGCUAGCUGAAUUUUCGUUACGUCACAGCAACAGUGCAGUAAGCAUUGCUAAUGAAUAUGCAAAGAGAAAGAAGAUGAGCAGCAGGUGAUGUCAAGGCUCUGCAUGAAUGAAGUGUAUAUGCAAUGUGCAGAGCAUUGUGUUAGUUACUGCUGGCGUUGUGGCCACACUAUGCUUUUCCAGCUCUGCAAUGCAUCAUACUGAUUAUGCAUUUUCUCUAUAUUUUUUAUUGAAACAAUUCUACUUGUGUAUUUUCACUGAUAUAGUUAGUCCUUCUAUAUAAUGAGGUGCUAGACUAGUGGCGAGUAAGUCUCCACAAAGAUUAAUAGCCUCUUCUUUGAAUGGGAUCCUUCUUGAUUCAGAUUCUUAUCUUGUCAUAUCU